GUGGACGUUGAUGAGAACGAGAAAGAAGAUGACGAGGCGUCGUCGAGUGCGGCGUGGUUGUGUGCGUAUUGGAUUGAGUUUCGUCGUCGAUUGAUUCAUCUGCUCGGAUACAACUUCAACAAAUUCCCUUCGCAUAUGGCGUUGAGUAUAUUACAACUGAAGAACAAAAAUGUCUCGAAACACGUCACUCGUGACGUGCUGAAACGUGACGAGUUGUCGCUAUUUUUAUCGAAUAGUGAUCUGAAGAGGUUAUCUCAGUACGCACGUAAUAUGGUCGAUUACCAUCUGAUCACGGAUCUAGUGCCCAAUCUCGCAUUGCUCUAUUUUAAUGAACGGUUUGACAGUGAGGUUCGUUCACUUAUUUAA